AUGGCAUCAACCUCCCAGCAGCAGGCCAAGUCAAAGGUGCGUCGAACCCGCGUCAAGACCGGCUGCGCGACUUGUCGAAAACGUCGCAUCAAAUGCGAUGAGGCGCGACCGGCCUGCGGGCGAUGUGUGCUCUCUGGGUGGCAAUGUGACGGUUACGAUGCAGCUGCACAAACGCAACCCUUAACUGUUUUGGCCCAGAGACAGCGAUCCAGCAUUAUCUCGUACUCAAUUCCAUUCUGCAUGCCGGGAAGCCGAAAAGACCGACAGUUCCUGCACUACUACUGUUCCCAAGGGGCGGCAGAGAUAUCAGGUUUCCUGUCCACCAAGUUCUGGAGCGAGACUGUGCUCCGCCAGAGCCACCAUGAGCCAGCGAUUCGGCAAGUCUUGGUUGCGCUCAGUUCUCUUCACCUACAGUACACCACCUCCGAUGCCCCGACUUCGACGUUGGCCCCCAAAGACACCCUGAUACAAUAUGGAAAGGGCCUUCAGAUGCUACGAAAGCGGUUGGGACAACCGUCAUCCGAAGGGGUAAGAAUCGCUCUAAUCUCAUCCAUCAUGCUUUACUGCUUCGAGACCGCCUUGGGGAACAGUAACGCCGCUAUUCUACACCUUGAUAAGGGGUUGAUGCUACUACGUUCAGUCAAAGACCUCACUAAUGAGGAAGACGGGGAAGCCAUCUUCGACCUGCUCGCUCGCCUUGACGUCCAGGCCACCUUGUUCAACGACAGCAGGAUACCGAUACUCACUCUCACAACUCCAGACGAACGCAAAAACGGGUUCAUUGACUUCCCAGAGCUACCAUUUGCAUCACUGCAUGAGGCGCAGAAAAAGCUGGGCAAGCUUCAGAACUGGUUCUUUCGCUUUCUCAGCGAUAAUUUCAGGAACCAGCCUGUACGUUCGGUGAAAAUUUCCCCGGGGCUUUUGGAUGAGCGGAACCUCCUGGAUUGGCAUUUUACCGCAUGGCUUCAGAAGAGCCAAUACCCAAUUCCUACUGCAACACCAGACGAGAAAGCAGAGACGGAGUGCGGGAUGAACAUCCUCUCCACACAACAUGGACCAUACCACAUGCUCCUCAAGUCAUACUUCCUGGAGGAGCGUUCUCUAUCGAAAUCAGUAUUUGAGAUGUCACCAAACCCGGAAGCUCGGGAAAUCAUACGGCGUGCCGAAUUUGUAAUUCAGUACUUGGAACAGAACGGAGCAAAAGCAGGAGCGAAGACGCCGUGGACCCAGCGUCGUACCUUCUCUUCUGAGACGGGUGUCAUCGUUGUGCUGUUCUUCUUGAUAUUCAAGUGCGCGGAUCAAUAUGUCGUGGAGAAGGCAACGGAGCUUCUCUCUCAGACACAGAGACAGGAGGGGCUGAUCGAGGCGGCAUCAAUGAUGGCGAUUCUGAAUCAUCUGAAUACGGUUAGACAGGCGAAAGCUUCGGUGUCGCCCAGAAAUAUGGAGGGGUUUAAGACAUUGGAGGAUUGGACAGAGCAUGAUAUCAUCAGUGAGGGAGGCGUUGGAAUGGACCGCGAGGGGAAGCUGAUUCCGCCCACGAUAAUUAGAAACUAA